UAGUUUGGAUUUUCUCUACAUCGCGCUUAGCCAAUAAUGUGGAGGGAACUGCACAUCUCAGCUGGCAGACAUUUAAAAAGGAGACAGUCCGGCGCUGAAGCAAUUUGUAUUAAAGCCUCCAGCCCCUGUCUAUGGAAGAGUCAGCCUCCCACCCAUCUCGAAUCCCACUGCUGUGCGUCCUAGUUGUGUGUAUUACGGUCAACGUUAUUAGGACAAUUUCAUCUGGGGAGUUAUCUUUGAAGCCCUGAAGGGAUCCCCUCAGAGAAGACAUUUCAAGGUUUAGUCUGCACAGGAUGGCCGGCUCCACGCGUCUCCUCUGUGGCAUGAUUCUCAUCUGGGGCUGCAUGCUGUCCUGCUCUCCCGUGGACUCCAAACGAAACCGAGGCUCGCAGGGCGCCAUUCCUCAUCCCGACAAAUACAACCCAAACGAAUCGGAGCAGCAACCGCAGCCACCAGCACCACCACAGGCGGGCUCCGGUUCCCGACGGAGGCAGGGCUCAUCGUCCGCACCAGCCGCCGAGGAGGUGCUGGAGUCCAGCCAGGAGGCUCUGCAUGUGACGGAGCGCCGCUAUCUGAAGCGCGACUGGUGCAAGACGCAGCCCCUCAAGCAAACCAUCCACGAGGAGGGCUGCGUCAGCCGGACCAUCAUCAACCGGUUCUGCUACGGACAGUGCAACUCCUUCUACAUCCCCCGGCACGUGCGCAGGGAAGAGGGGGCUUUCCAGUCGUGCUCCUUUUGUAAGCCCAAGCGAUUCACCACCAUGACGUUGACUUUGAACUGUCCGGACCAGCAGCCUUCCACCAAGAAGAAGCGCAUCCAGCGCGUCAAACAGUGUCGCUGUUUGUCGAUCGAAUCGUUGGACUAAAACAGAAUGAACCGUGUGUGAUGAUUGCUUCAACCUUAGACGUAUUAACGUUCAUAUCUACGGGAUUGCUCAAAGGGAGUAAAAAAAAGAAAAGGUUAUCGUCAGCAGCUCUAUACUUCCAUCCCUUCUCUGUUUGGAGAUAUGCUACGCGCGGGAUACGUGGUCUGCAAAAGUGUUGGCCUAGUACUACUAUUAUGUCCUUUAUACACAACGUGGAGAAACGCGGACAGUUUCUACUUCUUACACGGACUUUGAACGAACUGUAUCCAUCACAUCAUUUCCUCACCCUUUCGCGGUGGUACAGAAUUGGCCACACUGCAUGAAAACCUAGCCAUGGUAACCGGCACGUUUACGCACGACUUUAUAAGUAGGACUGCUUUACUGUAGGUUUAAUCAAGUUUAUUUUCUAUUUCAAAACAGAUUAAACAAUCCCAGUGGGUGAGAGGAA